AUGUCCGGCGCAAAGGGAAACACGUUCAGAGAACGUCGCGAGGCCAUCCGACAAACCUGGGGAAACCAAAGUAACUGGGAACAACGGAAAGCCUCGCAAGAUGAAAGAUUGAAACACUUAAGAUGGCUGCUCGUAUUUGUUCUUGGAAAAGCAGAAACUGGAACGAACGACGAUGAAUUGAAUAUCGCUGAAGCUCGACAACACAACGAUAUGUUGAUUGGAAAUAUCACAGACAACUACAUCAAUCUUAUUCUUAAAGUAUACAUGGGUCUGCUUUGGGCGAGCAAAUUUGAUGUAAAAUAUACAUUGAAAGCAGACGAUGAUGUUUACGUGCGCAUACCGCGCAUGUUGGAGUAUCUUGUGAACGCGAAAUUUCCAAGACCAUUUUACGGAGGCCUGAUCUACCCUCGUAGCAAAGUGCAUCGCAAAAUUGGAGAAAAAUGGACAGUAAGUUAUAAAUAUUAUGGUGAAACAUAUUUUCCAGACUUCAAUCGUGGCCCAUUCUAUAUUUUAUCCAGCGAUCUUUUCAACAAAUUGUUCAACUAUGUUUAUGUUAGAAAACCCUUCCACCUUGAGGAUGUAUAUGUCGCUUUAGCGAUGCAUGAUUCUAACAUCAAGACAACUAACAUUGAUGAGUGA